GGACGCCUGAACUCGACGACACGGACGCGUCUCUCAUGCAACUCACGCGAAUAAACUGCUCUCGCCAGCACAUGCAGCAGAUCCGUCGCCGCAAUGUUAAAGCCCAUUGAACCCCGCGCCAACCUGGUGCUGCAGCUGCCAUUGUCGCUGCACACAUCAUCAACUCCUCUCCUCACUGCCACUGCCUCUGCCUCUGUCCGUCUCCGUCGUCGCAUCACCUGAAACCCCCGCAGCAGUCAUGGCCGCCCCCAAACGCCCCAACUUCCUUGUCAUUGUCGCCGAUGACCUCGGCUUCAGCGACCUGGCGCCCUUUGGCGGCGAGAUCAACACCCCCAACAUCGCCAAGCUUGCCGAAACGGGCAUCCGCUUCACGGAUUUCCACGCCGCUGCCGCAUGCUCGCCCUCGCGCGCCAUGAUCAUGACGGGCACCGACCACCACAUUGCAGGCCUGGGCAAUCUGAUCGAAUGGACAAAUAUCAGCUCGCAAAAUGAUCCCACUGGAGGCAUGUCGACGGCGCCGCAGCGCGGCAUGCCCGGCUACGAGGGCUACCUGAACGAGCGGGUCGUGGCGCUGCCCGAGAUGCUGCGCGACGCGGGCUACCUGACGAUGAUGGCCGGCAAAUGGCACCUGGGAUUGACGCCCGAGCGAUCGCCAAAAGCGCGCGGCUUCGAGCGCAGCUUCGCGCAUCUGCCCGCGUGCAGCAACCACUACGGGUACGAGCCGCAGCUGGAGGCGCCCGACAAGAUCCCCGACUUCAUGACCAUGAGCUACAUCGCGCUGCACAGCGAGGACGGCGAGUACGUCAAGAAACUGCCCGACGGCUGGUACAGCAGCAACGGCUACGGCGACAAGAUGCUGCAGUACCUCAAGGAGCGCAAAGACACGAAUGACGAGCGCCCCUUCUUCGGCUACUUCCCUUUCACGGCGCCGCAUUGGCCACUCCAGGCCCCGAAGGAAUACAUCGCCAAGUACAAGGGCGUGUACGACGAUGGGCCGGAAGCGCUGCGGCAGAAGCGGCUGCAGCGCCUCAAGGAGCUCGGCAUGGUCGCCCCGGACGUCGAGCCGCACCCGGUGGUUGCCGACGAGGUCGCAGCAUGGGAAGACCUCCGCCCAGACGAGAAGGCCAAGUCAUGCCGCGCGAUGGAGGUUUUCGCAGCCAUGGUCGAGUGCAUCGACGCCAACGUCGGCAAGGUCGUCGACUACCUGCGCGAGACCGGCGAGCUCGACAACACCUUCGUAUGCUUCCUGUCAGACAAUGGCGCCGAGGGCGCCGCCUACGAGGCCUACCCCAUGGUGCAGGGCAGCAUGCUGCAGCACCUGCAGAAAUACUACAACAACAGCCUGGACAACCUCGGCGCCGGCGACUCAUUCAUCUGGUACGGGCCGCGGUGGGCGCAGGCCGCCACGGCCCCAAGCCGGCUGUACAAGGCGUACACGACAGAAGGCGGGGUGCGCGUGCCGAUGGUGGCGCGCUUCCCAACCGGACACCAGGACGCGUCGCGCGCGGGCACGAUCAGCGACGCCUUCGCGACGGUGAUGGACCUCGCGCCCACGAUCCUCGACAUGGCGGGCAUCAAGCACCCGGCGCCGCAGUACCGGGGCCGGGAAGUAGUGCCCAUGCGGGGCGCGUCGAUGGCGCCGUUCGCGCGCGCGCCAGCCUCGAAAUCCCCCCGCAUCCACGCCGAGGACUUCGUCGCGGGGUGGGAGACGUGCGGCCGCGCCGCCGUCCGCGCCGGCAACUGGAAAAUCGUCUUCAUCCCGAAGCCGAAGGGGCCGGAGCGGUGGCAGCUGUACGACCUGUCGGUCGACCCGGGCGAGAUCCACGACCUGGCGGAGCGCGAGCCCGCGACGCUGGACAAGCUGGUCAAGCUCUGGGACCGGUACGUGCUGGAGACGGGCGUGGUGCCGCUGAGCCCGGCUCUGGGGGCGUAUUUGGCGGCGACGGAGGCGCAGAUGCCCGAGAAUGCGUGGAUGGAGUAUGAAUAUUGGAAGGAGGGGGCGCGGGAGGAUGGGAAGCGAGAGGAUUUCUUUAGGAACCCGCCGAGGUUUAGGCGCGAGGUGAAGCCGUUUUAGGUGGUGCGUUUGGUGUGAGGGGGAGGGGGGUGGCGCUUGAUGAGAAGAAUAAAUGGAUGAAAUGCUGAGCGCUGUUUUGCCGUGAUCGCUAUUGUAGCUCUG